AUGGCUUUCAACCCCGCCGUGGAGCGUAGAAAGAGGGCACCUGUUCGUGCUACGCCCGUUGAGAACGAGUCGUCGCUAUUCUCAGAAUCACAGUCACUGUGGGUCGUUUUCAACCCACCGGAUAAGCUCGAGAAUGACAUCCUUUCCUUCUCCACCAACAAUCCUUUAACCGCCACAGACGACGAGAGUGAGUUCCAGAGUGAGUUCCAGAGUGGUGACGAGGAAAAUGCAGCUGAUGGUAAUGCCACUGACGCUGCAUAUCCCGCUGAUGAUGAGUACGACGACGAGCUAUACGAUGGACUCCAUCAGUCGCUUUCCAGCCGUAUCAACGAGUGGCAGCUGGCCACCGAAGCCGCCGUACUGGACAAUGUCGCGUCAUGGGACUUGGACGCGGAGCUCGUGCAACUGCUCUUGGACAAGUCCAUUCUUCGGCGGGUGCCCUCGUUCUACGGUGACCACUACUUCGAGAACAUGUCCAAGGCCGAUUACAUGCGGUUCAAGCGAGCCACAACAAUGUUAAAGAAGUCACUCUCGCGUAAGGGUUACAAGAACAGCAACCCCGAGUUGCUUACUCGAGUGCUUGAGUUGUUACUGUGGCAGAGCUUGCUUCAGACAUCGGGGUCGUUGGUCAAUGAUUACAUUGUCAAUACGCUAGCACGUACUCAUUUCGUGGACCCGCCUUAUAAGGAUGUGGAGUUUUCCGACACGGCUACGCUGUCGUCUUUGGUUAUUUGCGGGGGUUCUUCAUGGAACGAUAUAUAG